CAGGCUGGGUCCCUAAUGAUAGUCAUUCACGUGGUCUCUUGUUCUACUAAUGUUUCCAAGGCUUCCAGCCCCAAGAAAGUGAUGGAAGGGGCAGCGACCCGGAAGAAGAAGGUGGCACCCAAGUUGGUGCUCACUGAAGAACAGAAACAGCAGUUGCGAGAGGCCUUUGAUUUGCUUGAUACCGAUGGCACCGGUACCAUUGAUGUGAAGGACUUGAAGGUGUCCAUAAGGGCCCUUGGGUAUGAACCCAAGAAAGAAGAGAUGAAGAAAAUUAUAUCAGAAGUUGAUAAGGAAGGGUCAGGGAAGAUCAACUUCGAUUCCUUUUUGUAUGCGAUGACUCAGAAAAUGUCUGAGCCAGAAUCCAGAGAGGACAUUCUGAAAGCCUUCAAGCUCUUUGAUGACAAUGGAACUGGCAAAAUCUCUUUCCAAAAUCUCAAACGUGUGGCCGGUGAGAUUGGGGAAAACCUCACAGAUGAGGAGCUGCAGGAAAUGAUUGAUGAAGCAGAUGUGGAUGGAGAUGGGGAAGUGAAUGAACAGGAGUUCCUGCGGAUUAUAAGGAUGAACAGCAUGUAGCUAGAUGUUGCUCUUUUCUUUUUACUCACAUUUUUAAAUACAGUUGCUCUUUGCUGUCUCCACAACCCCACAGGGAUUACCCUCAAAAGUUAAUUCUGAUGGUGUAUGGAUGAACUUUGGUACCCAAGUCCACUGCAUUGUGGAACUCCUGCACCCACUGAGAGCAAUUCUGGGGCUAGUGGGAGAGGACUCCUGCUUUCUGUAUGCUAGAGAGUGCCUUGGAGAGCAAGGACUGUAGAGGCACAGGGUCUCCAUACAACUCACUCUGGCCACUGCAAGUUCCCUUGAGAUCCAUGCAUAGCAUCAUGGUAUUUAAUAAUAGGGUUUUUGGAUGAGGCCUUAAAAGUGGAGUGUGAUGUAUUAAGCAUAUGUCUAUGUCAAACUGUGAACUCCUUUUUGUUCUGUGAACACCAUUUCUGAUUGUAACCUUCAUUGUGGGGUUCCCUUUACUUGUAACCUCCAUAUUGGAUUAAGGCACCCACUUUGUGCUGAAACCCAGCCUGGCCCUGACAAGACUGUCUGUUCUAGACACUGUCCUGUUCACGCUCGCUUGGCUGUAGGACACUUCAAAGAUGUGACAAUGAGAGAGCCAUUAAGGGCCAUCAAAGUUGAAAGACUCUUUUCUAGUGGAACAAUGGGUUUUCUAUCAGUAGCACCAUUGACUUUGAAUGACUGUCUACCCGGAAGUCUCUUGUGGGGCUGGAGCAUGGAAUUCCUCUAGAUGAAACACAUGGGCAAAAAGAGGGAAAAGAUUGGUGAUUUUCUGAGCCAGGGGACAGACCACCACCACAUGCCAGAUGACCAGGCUAAGGAGAGGAAAGGCAGAAAGGACUGCCUAGCCUAUGGAUUCUGGCCAAACCUAGGACUCGCAGGAAAGGUAAGAUCAGACUUAGGGGUGUAUUCAGGACUCUUGUUUUUUCCCCCAAAAUUUGUAACUCUCUAGUGCUUUUAAGGUUAAAAGCAUCUGUAGAUAAGAAAUUCCUUUGCUAAGCCUGUGCUCUUUGCUUGCCUGCCAUGUAGUCCCUGAAAGGGUUAAUCAAGCUCAGAAUGGUGGAACUCAGAUCUAAUGUGUAUAAACAAGUGUGGGCUCAGGGGGUCUGAGGCACUGGUUUCAGGGUUAUGGUGUCUGGGCUGCAGAGCCCCACGUCCCAAGGAAGGGAUUCAGACAUGAAGCGUUGCCUGGGAAUGUGCCUUAAAGACUCAGAGCUAGGUACAGCGACCAAGCUCUGAUCAGACCCAGUUGGCUUACGAGCAUGUAGAUCCAGAAGUUGGGUCCAGUCACAACAGACUAGUGUUUGUCCAGGGAGGAGGGCUGAGCCAUGUUAUGACAUUGAGGUCCUGUUUGGUCUGCAUGGAUAUUAAAGACCCCGGGCAGUUUAAAUGAGAGCAGAGGUUUGGCCCUGUGAUCCUUGGCCAAAAUCUCCCUUCACCUCCACUGUGGUGUUGUGUCUUGUUUGCAGAUUGGGUCUUGUCCUCUUCCCCAGAGAUGGUUGCAUUUCAGAGGGUGCCAUAUGUAUCUAGUUUGCAAAGUACUCCAGGAUCCUUUGGAAUGCAGAUUGCUAUAUAAGUGGAAAAUGUUUAGUUAGCAGAAAACAACCAACAUUUCAGAAGCUUAUCUACAUUUUUAUAUCAUGUGCAGCACUUCUCAAGACCAGAUUUAUGGGGGAUCAUUUUGGAUCUGCUAAGUCAGGACCUCUCUAACUGUGGCUGUGCCUUCACCAGUUGGCUAAAGGAAAUGAGAUACCCCUAAGUGGGGGUGUAUGUUUGACCACAUUCUGGGAGGCAAGUGUGUGGUUGUAUUAUUUGAAUUUGUUUCAAUGAAUCAUGUGUAUAUAUACUAGGUUUGUCUCCUGUAGCACAAAAGAAAUUCUAACAAUGGUGCAGGCCCAUUGCGAUAGACCGUAAUCAAGUCACCCUUUAAGCUUCUUGCCUAGGUUGUUUUCCCAGGGCAUGUAACUGGUAAUUCCCUCCAUCCCCGUUCUGCUGGAGCAAAGGCAAAGCAAUGACAUGCACAGUA